UCCGCCAGCAGCAGUCACAUGACUCCCCCCUCAAGAUGGCGGACAACCUGCCCUCCGAGUUUGACGUGGCGGUGAUAGGAACCGGUUUGCCUGAAUCUAUCAUUGCAGCUGCGUGUUCGAGAAGUGGCCAGAGAGUUCUGCACGUUGAUUUGAGAAGUUAUUAUGGAGGAAACUGGGCAAGCUUUAGCUUUUCAGGAUUAUUGUCUUGGAUUAAGGAAAAACAGGAAAAGACUGAGGUCAGCGAAGAAAGCGAAGACUGGAGAAAAUUGAUCCUUGAAACAGAAGAAGCUAUUUCUCUUAGCAAGAAGGAUACAACCAUUCAGCAUGUAGAAGAUGUCUGUUAUAUCAGUCAGGAUUCAGCUGAAGAUAUUGAAGAAGCUGGUGCGUUGUCAAAACUGCCUGACUUGGGAGGUUCUGAUACUAAUGAGACUGCUCAGCAAUCUGAAAAAGGGUGCUUGGCUCUAGAUAAACAAUUAGGGACCAAGGGCUGUGAAAUGUCUCCAGAAACAAUUGCAAGUAAUGAUCUAGAGUGUACACCAGAAGGGGAAGAUACAGAGGUCAUCUCUGAAAGAGAAAGUUCCUAUGAUGCAACUUCUGGCCAUUCUACUUUGGAAACAGAAAAAACUGAGAAUGCAUCAACAGCUGAAGUUUCUAACCUGGAACCAAAGAAAAUUACCUACUCCCAAAUUGUUAAAGAAGGCAGGCGAUUUAAUAUUGAUUUAGUUUCCAAGGUGCUUUAUUCCCAGGGAUUGUUAAUUGACCUCCUAAUAAAGUCGAAUGUUAGCCGAUAUGCAGAGUUCAAAAAUGCAACUAGGAUCCUUGUAUUUCGAGAAGGAAAGGUGGAACAGGUACCUUGUUCCCGAGCAGAUGUCUUCAAUAGCAAACAACUCACUAUGAUAGAAAAGAGAAUGCUAAUGAAAUUUUUGACAUUUUGUUUGGAAUAUGAACAACACCCUGAUGAAUACCAAGAUUACAAGGACUGUACAUUUUCACAAUACUUAAAAUCCCAGAAAUUAACACCUAACUUGCAACAUUUUAUUCUGCAUUCUAUUGCAAUGGUAUCAGAGAGUGACAGCAGCACCACGGAUGGGCUCAAGGCAACAAAAAAAUUUCUUCAUUGUCUUGGCCGUUACGGCAAUACGCCUUUUUUGUUUCCUUUGUAUGGCCAAGGGGAGAUUUCCCAGUGCUUUUGCAGGAUGUGUGCUGUUUUUGGUGGAACCUAUUGUCUUCGCCAUUCUAUACAGUGCCUUGUAGUGGACAAAGAAUCUGGACGAUGUAAAGCAAUUAUAGAUCAUUUUGGGCAAAGAAUAAGUGCCAACUAUUUUGUUGUGGAAGAUAGUUACCUUUCAGAAGAAACAUGCACAAAUGUAUGUUACAGGCAGAUUUCCAGAGCAGUGCUCAUUACAGAUCAAUCGGUUCUAAAGACACAGUCAGACCAGCAGAUUUCUGUUUUAACUGUGCCACCAGUGGAACCUGGGCAGCCAGUAGUUUGUGUCAUUGAGUUGUGUUCUUCAACCAUGACGUGCAUGAAAGGCACCUUCUGUUCCUGUCCAACAGAUUUAGUCCAUUUAACCUGUUCAUCAACUAAAACUGCUAAAGAAGAUUUAGAGCCUGUCAUACAGAAGUUGUUCAUCCUAAAUGAUGAAAAAGAGACAGAGUCUGAAAAUGGAGGAGGAUUGGAAAAGCCCAGAGUUCUUUGGGCAGUAUACUUCAACAUGAGGGAUUCUGCAGGCAUUGACAGAAAUUCCUAUGACAGUUUACCUCCAAAUGUCUAUAUCUGUUCUGGACCAGACUGUGCUUUAGGAAAUGACUAUGCUGUCAAACAGGCUGAGACAAUAUUUCAAGAAAUGUUUCCAAAGGAAGAAUUUUGCCCACCACCACCAAAUCCGGAAGAUAUUGUCUAUGAUGGAGAUGGGACUCAGCCAGAAGAUCCUGGAUUCAGUAUUUCACCUGAGCCGAAAGCAGAGCCCUUGCCUGAAGAAAGCAGCAAUAUAGAAAAUAAAGUAACAGAAGAGCACAAUGAAUAAUAGUAGUAGUAAUAAUAAUAAUAAAAAGCCUAAACCCAAUAUCACUAUCAUCUCAGUGGAAGAUUUGGACCUGGUCUGGGGGUAACCGUUUUGUUUAUUAUUCACUAUCUUUAUAAUUAGGUUUAAUUCUACUUUACCUCUUUAAAUACCUUCACUGAUUGCAAUUGUACUGCUAGGAAGAAUGUAAUAUUCAGCUCUUCUAGGAGUGUUAAAAGCUGAUCCAGAAUCACUUAAGACAAGAUAUUUAAUUUUAAAAUUAAUUUAAUUUCCUUGAAAAGACUUCAGGUGUAUUUGUGAGAUGAAGGAAUCUUUCUAAAAUCAAGUGCAUGGUUCAAAAUAAAUAGAAACAAAAAUUAUGAGUCAGUUUAACUUCCAAAGGGACAGAUCUUCAGUUAAUAUAAACUAUUUUGAAGUCAGUGGCUCUGUGAAAAUUUACCAGUGGAAGAUUUGUCUCCUUUAAACUGCUUAUGGGGAUAGGGCACUAAAGAGUGUUGGCAGUUCUGGGGCAACAAGCUUUUAUUUACUGUUAAGAGCUCUUCUUAAUUUGAAAGUUGUUUUUGAAGUGUAUAAUAUAACAUCCUUAAAUAGUUUUGAAAUCAGUAUAAUUCCAUUUAUUCAUAUUAAGCCAAAAUAAAGGAUAAACUAGUAAAUAUGCUUGGUCUCAUUUGAAAUUAUAUAUUAGAAAUAUUAAAGAAUUGCAUACCAUACUUGUGUGAUAAGUGUCUAGGUUUCAAUUUUGUUUGCAAGUGACUGACAAUCCAGUCAGGAAGAAAAUAUAAGUACUCACAAGCACUGCUGGACAUUCUUGCAGAAUUAAGAACUAUAAAUUAAGUAUGCUUGGAAUCUUCAUGAAGAUUUAGUUUCAACAAAAAAUAAGGCACCAAAUGAACACAUUUAAGUAUUUGCAAGGUUAAAAGAUAUACAUUAUUAAAAUAGAAUUGUUGGCUGUUGUUUUUCUUGGGGGAAAAGUUACUGAUUAUAAUUGCAGUUGUGUUAAUUCAUUUGAAGUAAUAGGUCUAAAAUUAUGUAAAUUAUGCAUUUUGUAAUGAUAAAUCAUAAACAUAUUUAUACAAGAAUUUUAUAAAUUGUAUUUAUAAACUUGGUUUCUAUAUAGAGUUACAAAACCCAGACAUUUCUUGCAAAGGUUAAUUAGAGUAAUAGACUCCCAGCCCUCCUUUGAACCAUAUUUUGAAAUCAUAUAACCUAAAGGAAAACAAAGUAGUUAGCAGUGUCUUUUCUUAGAAUCAAAAGAUUUACUUGAGGUCAAAUAGGCACUGUGGGUCAGUAAUGUCUAUAAGUAUAUGUGCUGGGUAAACUUAGAUAAUGGUAAUAGUAAUGUUUCAAAUACUAUACAUCAAUAACAUGCCAUCAAAUUAUGACUGUUCAGUAUUGGCAGAUAUUUAUUGACACAAUUCUGCUUUUUGUACAGUUUUCCAGUGAAUGUGCCUGCCUUGAAAAUGGCUUUGUGCCAUAAAGGUUAAUUUAUUUAUUUUUUUACAACAUAGCUAACACAAUUAUUCUCUGUUUUA